AUGCUUACAUUACAACGCGCGUGUGUUGACUGCUGCUGCUCUAGUCAGACGAAGUCAAAGUGCUCUUUGGCGAAUCUAAUUGUGAAUACCACAAUCUUCUUCUCAGAGUUUGUACCUGCCGGAACGAAUCUAACAUUUCCUGACCAAGAUCCAUCGUGUGCUUCAACGACCUCAUCUCAGGUGGUUCUUGCAGACAUGUGCAGAGUGGCUAUGAACGUAUCCACUUCGACUCAAUCUGGGAUUGCUAUGGAAGCUUGGCUCCCCCAGAAUUGGACGGGAAGGUUUUUGAGCACUGGGAACGGUGGACUAGGUGGAUGUAUUCAAUAUGUCGACCUAGCAUACACGACGGCUCUUGGAUUUGCGACUGUAGGCGCCAACAAUGGCCACAACGGGACUAGCGGAGCAUCGUUCUAUCACAAUCCGGAAGUCCUUGCUGACUUCACCUAUCGAUCCAUCCAUACGAAUGCAGUAGUUGGAAAAGAAAUCACCAAAUUGUUUUACGGUGCACCCCAUGAUACCUCCUACUAUCUGGGAUGCUCUGCUGGAGGUCGACAAGGCUACAAGGCUAUGCAAGAUUUCCCUGAUGAUUUCGACGGAAUUGUCGCCGGUGCGCCUGGAAUCAAUUGGAAUUCCCUAAUGUCUUGGGAGGAUUACAUUUAUAGCAUCCUGGGAAACGCUUCCUCUCCUACCUUUAUAUCAAGCGAGCAAUGGAUUGGUCUUGUCCACAACGAUAUUUUGAAGCAAUGCGACGCGAUUGACGGAGUCGUUGACGGUAUCAUCGAGGAUCCGAGUUUGUGCGAUUAUAAACCAGAAGAACUGAUAUGCAGUCCUUCUGGGAAUGUGUCGGAUUGCCUCACUGCGGAACAAGCACAGGCGCUUCGACUGGUAUUCAGUCCCCUGUACAACACAACCGGAAAGUUGAUGCAUCCGAGGCAGCAGCCUGGAAGCGAGAAUGCUGACUAUGUUGGAGAAAUGUACGGUGGGGAAUUGAUACAAUUUUCUGCGGACUGGUUCCGCUAUGUUGUCUAUAAUCCUUCUUUGGACAUCGCAACACUUAACGUUACUGACUGGACUCACGCAGAAGAGCUGAAUCCGUUCAACAUUGCGACAUGGAAUGGCAAUCUCUCUGAUUUCAGAUCGCAUGGGGGGAAAAUGCUCACGUAUCAAGGUCAAGCAGACAUGAUAGUAUCACCCAUUAACGCGGAGCUGUAUUAUGCCCAUGUCGAGCGAACAAUGAGUCUCCGACCCAAUGAUUUAGAUGACUUCCUGCGUCUCUUUCGCAUCAGCGGAAUGAGCCACUGUGCGUCGGGCCCUGGAGCAUGGGAGAUCGGUCAAACUCUUCCGGGAGUGAAUGGGGAAUUGACCGAGGAGACCUUGAAUCCCGAGAGGAAUGUAUUGACCGCUCUGGUACAAUGGGUGGAAGAGGGAGUUGCACCGGACACGAUCUUGGGAACAAAGUACGUGAAUGAUACGAAGGAGCUGGGGGUGCAGUUUAGCAGGAGACAUUGUCGGUAUCCUCUUCGGAACACGUACGAUGGGACAGGCGAUAGCACAGAUCCUGAAAGCUGGUCUUGUCAAUGAACUGUAAUGAAGAAAACGCUUCGUACAUACAGAAUGAUUCAAUCGUGUAUGUAGUCCUGAGCUUCUAAAAUUGGUGUAAACCUUCCAGACCUGCGCAGCACAAAAGCUGAUGUCCGCAGGACACCGUAAUACCAACGGGUUUGCUGCGAGAUGCGGCGUAGGGUGUUUAUGUAUCAAUGCAGUGACUAGAGCUCCACUGUGUGGAGCAUUGAAGACAGCUGGAAUUGAGGCUCCUUCGUUGCAUGGCAAGAGAUUGACAGAUUUGAACGUACCCUCGAUACCACGGAGUAAAUAUUUGGGGUGGAAAUUUGAUCACUGAUAAUUCUUGCGUGUUCUUGUACUACAGUGUGCAAUGGGUAUGUAGCAGAAACCUGCGAGAACCUGGCAAGAGGAAUUGUCUGUGUAAGGCUUGGUAAAUUAUGAGGCGAGAAUGAAGAUG